GCUGGUUUUAGCGUAUUUCUUCCACAGGUUAGAGUCUCGUGGGCUUUUCACUUCGCAUUACGUGCUUGUCAAAACGGCGUGUGCUUCCAAACGCUGCUGAGGAGUAUAAUGCGCUUAACAAACAAUGUCUUAAAUUUUCAGGGUUUAGAGACUUCCCUCCAUAUGUGCCCUGCACUUUUAAAUCUGUCCAGCCCGUCUGGACCUUGUCCUUUGUCUUCUCAUGUUGUUAGACGCAUGCCAUCUGCUCCAUGUUAUUAUAGGCGGCUGGAGAUUUAAAGCAGCAGAACUUCUGCUGGUCCCUUUCGCCCAGAGUCUUCCUAGCUGCCUGAACGUGAUCCAGCAUGAAUUUCUUCUCGGUCCGAAUGGGGAAAGCUCUAGAUUAGGUUCUUUCUCAUAUGGGCCCAAAAUCAAGCGGGGCACAUAUUGUAAUAUAACGGUGCGUGGAUGCCUGCUGACGUCAGUGUCCCAGUGAGAGUCCCAUUUUUUUGUGGUGCACACUGUGGAAAGAAGUCAACCAGGAUGCUUUUCACUCUUAGUCCGGACUACUGCAUACACAACCCAAGCUCUCUGUGCAGGAGGGUCGAGCAGAUUUGAAAGGUGUGCCGGACUAUGUUUCGAAGAGCGGCGGUUUUAAAGAGAGUCAACGAUGAAAACGUGGACUCCGGAGCUGAAACUGCCGAAUCUGACUGCAGCAGGAUGUCUUCGUCUGGCAUUGAGCUCAUGACCAGUCGGGUUAGGCAGCAGCGGCAGCAGCUCCUCUUAAUGAACUUGCAUCUGCUGGCCAACCCUGGAGACUCCCUGCUGCUGCAGCACACCCUGGAUCGGCUCAUCCGCUGGCUCUGCCCAAGUCUCCGCAUCUUUCAUGUGUCAGAGAGGGCCUCCCCGUUAAGAAGUUACACCCGCCUCUGUCCUGUGGCAGGCUACCCUUCUAUGGCCAUCACUUUCUUCCUCCAUGAGGCGUAUGGAGAGGAGCGAAUCCUCAAAGUGUUGGACUUCUUUCAGCGUCCACCUUGGCAGUACCACCACACGGAGAGCUGUGGCAGACGAACUGGUGGGAUCCACAUUACCUCCAGCAGCUCCCCCACCAAUGCCCUGAUGCGUCCCUAUCUCCUGCCCAGCAGAGACUUCUACAGUUUGGGUACAGGGAUGCCUGUGUGGGGAGUUAGACCGGUGCACUGUGGUGGAGAAAUACUACGUGUGACCCUGUAUAGUGGAUAUGACAACUAUGAGGAUGCUGUGCGGCUCUAUGAGACAGUGCUGCAGCGACAGGCAGAGGAGCAGAAAACAGGCUUCUGCUGGUUCACUCUCCACACUGAGCCUGGGCUGUGCCUGCAACUGGCUUUAAAACAGUUGUCGCCAGGAGUUCGAGUGGAGCCAUGCAGCUCUGCUGUGCUGCAGUUCAGUGUGGAAGAAAUUGGUCAGCUAGUCCCUCUAUUGCCCAACCCAUGUACCCCCAUCAGCACUACACGCUGGCAGACAGAAGAUCUGGAUGGCAACAAGGUUCUAUUCCAGGUGAAAACUCCAGCUCAACCUCAGCGACCUCUGACCUGUGCUUUCCCCCUGACCUGCCCCAGUGUGUCGCCUCGAGGAGUGCAGUUCAGAAGCUCAGGACAGGGCCACAGUCUGUCACCCUGCAGCCUCACAACGCCCCUGCCCUGGCAAACACACAGGCAAGGCCACAGACCGCGCAGUGACCCUGUCCUGGAGAAGCUUCAUGAAGGAGGUGGUGGAGCAGGGAGCCUGGGCUCAGGAAGCUGCUGCAGCACCCCUCCAGGCAGCUCCUGUUACUCUUCCCAGCGCAGCAGCCCAGCACCACUCUCAACCACCAAUCACACUGACUCUUCUCUGCACCUCUCCAUCUCCCGUUCGCUCUCCCAUCUCCUUCUGGAAGAGGAUGAGGAGGAGGAGACCAAUGUAGACACAGGAGUGCCCAUCUCACUUUCACAUUCUGACACUACAGUCAAAACAAUUGCUCGCUCUUCUUCCGUUGACCACUUGGUGGCUUUCCGCUCCGAGAGACCUGCAGCUGUCGGGGCUUCAGCUGGUGAGGGUCUGGCCAAGGAGCUGAUUGAAUGUCUGCCAAAGACACACAUACACCCUCAGGGAGCCUCCAGGACAUGGGGCCCCUCUAGUUGUCCAGAUGCAACCAAGAAGGGCUGUGGCAGCAGGACUGUGGCUGCAGGACAAAGCCCGUCCAAAGGACCCGUGGUCGAGAAAAGGACUACUGCUGAGCUGCUGUCAGUAUGCACAAACAGUGAAGAGCCAGUCGAUGAGUUCUUCAUCUAAAUUCCUGUCAUUACGCCGCCUGCUGUGGUAAUAAUCACAGUGUAAUUAAAAACACUGUGAGGUUGGACCAGAUGAGAAACCCUUUAAAGAGGAUCUGAAGUCAGCAGGACACAGCUGUGUCGCCUGACAAAACAACUGGAAUGCAGAAGAAACCAAAGUUCAGCUGCAGGCGACAGUUUCCACACAGAAGCGUCUAAAGUCAUUAAGUGACCCCAUUCAUUUCCACAAUAUACAGUAACAGCAUUGAUGUCCAAAUCCAAUCUGUCAAGAGAGUCGUACAUGGCGAGUGACAUUUUCAGACAGUGCAGGUAAUAAUAAUAAAUGAUGUUGUUCAUAUUUUAUAUUUAGAUCCAACUAAGGAAUUAUGCAGCUGUUGUGCUAAAAUGUAGCUCUGUGAAUAGCAAAACAUGUCAACAUUAAGUGUUGGUGUCGGUUUCUGAACAGCUACUCAGCUAGGCAAGAGAUGUUUCUCAAUGUCAGUUGCCUUUGAAACACAUGAAGGUGAUCUCAGUGUGAAGUCGCUCUUUGAUGCCUCUGCUGAUCAUGAUUAGAAGUCUGAUUUAGUCUGAUUGCUCUCUGCCGUGCAGGACUGUCAUACUCUGUUACAGUUCUUAAACCAGGCUUGACCUAGUGAAAGUGUAGCCUGCUGGUCUUGACAUUAGUUUGAAUGCACUUCAGCUGAUCCUUGCUGUAAUAUUUUUGUGUUAAAAUGUACAAGUGGUGGACUGGACAUGGCCAAAUUAGGAGUAGGAUUGAUUGUUCUCACAUAAUCACUUGCAUCUUCAGAUAGCCUAGAGAACGUUUGGACUGAAAAAUGUGUGUUUUAAUGUUAAUCUAACCAUUAGUGUGCACGGUUUCUGAAACAGCCAAAAUGUGUCCAGAGCCUGGUACUUCAGAAAUGUUAAUUACUGUAAGGCCACAGUAAGCUGAGGGAUCAGCAAGCAGAUUAGCUGAGGUGAAAACGUGGCUAAUACGCCAUACUGUAUACUGGACUGAUCAGCUCCAACCACAUUUUUUUUUUUGUCCAGUGCUCAUGAUCAUUGUAGAGGGCUUGGUUGUCUGAUAAAAUAUUAGGUGACAAAAGGAAAAUACUAAGCAUUUCAGGACCAAACUCAAGAUUGAGGUCAUACUAGUCUCUUCUACAGCACUGAAUACUUUGCAUCUUUUCCUGUUUACUAAAACUUUGGGUUGUGGUCAAGGACCAUCUAAAUGUAACCCACUAAGAGAUAAACUUGUGCAACAUGGCCAGUGUUUGAUCAAAUGCAUUUAAUAUUAGGUUGUAUGGUGUAGGCUCAGAGGUAUGAAUGUGUGUUACUGUUUACUGUAAAUGGGUGUUGCUGGGAAAAAAGCAAGCAUGCUGAUUCUCAUUCAGUUUGCACCAACUGUGUGACUGUUUAGUGUCUAACAUGUUCAGUGAAGCAGCGAAACAUCUUGAGACUUUAGUAUUAAAAAAAAAACAAAUGAAUAAAACUGCUUUCUGCUGUUGUC